CGGCGUCUCAAUCUCACUCCUAGUCUCGACAAGAUUGGACCUAUGAUUGGCUAAAUCUAAAACAUAUGUCUCAGCUAUAUCUUUAUCGUUAUAUAUAAUAAUAUGUAUUCGCAACAUUGAUUGAGCCCAUAUAAAUGAUAAACUCACUCGUUUGCUUCUAUACCUCGCUUAUCAAAGUCAAAUCCAGUCCAAAGCGUUUGACCCAUGGAAUCCCCUCGCCUCCGUCUCGUUCCCAUCUCCGAUUCCCAUCUCCCUGGCUUUCACCGCAUCUGGUCCAAUGCUGACGCGACUCGAUGGAGCUCGCGCGGUCUCUGCAAAACGCUCGAGGAGAGCAAGCAGUGGAUGAGCGGCAUCCAAUCUGACCUGAACCCCGAGGGCUUGAACUACGCAGUCUUUAUCCGCCCAGAAACACAUCCAACCCAAAAUAAAGAGAAAGGGCUAGAAGAAGGGGAUAUGAUUGGCGUGUUAGGGGUAUACCGUCCCGUUCCUGUCGCCGAACUAGGCUAUACAUUCCACCCUUCGGCGUGGGGACGUGGAUACGCGACUGAGGCUGUGAGGGUGUUUAUUGAGAAGUUUUGGGAGUUGAGGCCAGCUGUUAGAAAAGUUGUUGCGCGGUGUGAUGCGGAGAAUGUUGGUAGUGUUAGGGUGCUACAGAAGAGCGGGUUUCGGGAGAUUGGGAGAACGAGCGAGAAGGUUACGUUGCCGGCGAUGGGGACGGGGAUGAGGGAGGUUGUGGAUUUUGAGAUCACGCCGCCGUAGGAUGUUGAUUUAGGAGGGAAUAGGGAGAGAUCAUGUAGAUAGUAGG